CAAAAAAAAGAAAAAAGAAAACAUGAAGAUAUCCUUGAAAAGAGCAAUAAACAUUUCAAAACAACCAAAAAAACUGCCUAGGUCAAAUAAACCCCCUAUUUUCGCAAAUAAUAUUUCAGAUAGUGAAAAUGGUGAAGAUACCAAUGAUGACAGUGAUAUUGACAAAUCUUAUAAUCCAAAUGUUGCUAAAGCAGACAGCGAUAAUGAAUCAUCAGAUAAUAGUGAAUCAACUGCACAUAUAUCUACCAUUUUAUACAAAAAUGACUCUGAAACACAGCUGUUAGGUACAAUGAGUGAAGUUAACAAUUUAACAGAUGCAGACGCAGAAGCAGAAAAUAUAAUCUAUGAUAUUCCAGAUACAUUUUAAAUGAGACUAAUAAUGAGCAAUUUACUCCAUCAACAAGUAAAUCUUCAAUAUCAUUUGGAACACAGACGCCUUCAAAUUCAUCUUCUGUUUCUACUCCUUCAGCUGUAAUAACGUCGUCAAAUACUGACUUUGAGAAUUUUGUUAAAACCACAUUAACAAAUUUGAAAUAUGAAAUGAAAAGCUUAUCUUACUCGGUUGAAACCAUUAAAA